AUGUCCUGGCGCCGUGCGUUUCUGGUUGGGACGCGGCUUGCCAGGCACGGAAACAGGAACAACUCGGCUGGAGGUCUCCGCGGGACGGCGAGAGCAGCAGCCUCUGGGAUGGGGAGUAGCAUAUCAUCAUGGUGGGGGAAAUCAGCAACGGCUCCUGUGAACCAGAUCCAAGAAACAAUUUCAGAUAAUUGUGUGGUGAUUUUCUCAAAAACAUCUUGCUCUUAUUGUACAAUGGCUAAAAAGCUUUUCAAUGACAUAAACAUUAACUAUAAAGUAGUGGAAUUGGACAUGCUUGAAUAUGGAAACCAGUUUCAAGACGCUCUUUUCAAAAUGACAGGUGAAAGAACUGUUCCAAGAAUAUUUGUCAAUGGAGCUUUUAUUGGAGGUGCAACAGACACUCACAGACUUCAUGAAGAAGGGAAAUUGAUUCCACUAGUCCAUCAGUGUUAUUUAAAAAAAAGUAAUAGAAAAGAAUUUCAGUGAUGGAGUUAUUCGUAACUUUCCUAAUAAAAUAUCAGUUAUUUAAAGUGUUAAUGCUUGAUAAUGCCUUUUAAAUGUUUGAAGAUGAUUUAAAUAUAUGAAUUAUCAUCACAAAAGACUAAGGUAUAGAAAAUAAUGAACAAUAAAUUCCUGCUGAAACCUC